GGGCGCCCGCGAGCGCAGUCUGGACCGCCCCGAAUCCCCGGGGAGCCCGCCCGAGGGAGGCGGCCGGGGGGCGGGCGGGCUGGGCGGGGGCGGAGCAGACUCUCCCGCCGCCUCCUCCCGGUCCUCCUCUCGGCGGCUGCUGCCUCCGCCGGGCUGAGGAGCCGGGAGUCCGCGGCGCCGGCUCGGGGCUGCGGGAUGGGGACCUAGCGCCACGGCGGCGGCAGUGGCCGCAGCGCAACCAGCCGCCGCCCCCGGGCCCGUCCCGCCGGGAGCGCCGGGUGCUGCCAGCCCGCCCCAAGGCCAGGCCCGCGGGCGGCGGCGACGGCGGCGGCGGCGGAGCUGGGCAGGUGGAUGCGGCUGGAAGAUGGCGCCCUCGGGCCCGGGCAGCGUCAGGCGGCGGUGCCGGCGGGUGCUGUACUGGAUCCCGGUGGUGUUCAUCAGCCUCCUCCUGGGCUGGUCCUACUACGCCUACGCCAUCCAGCUCUGCCUAGUUUCCAUGGAAAACAUUGGUGAACAAGUUGUGUGCCUCAUGGCUUAUCAUCUGCUUUUUGCAAUGUUUGUCUGGUCAUACUGGAAAACUAUCUUUACAUUACCAAUGAAUCCGUCAAAAGAAUUCCAUCUCUCUUAUGCAGAGAAAGAAUUGUUGGAGAGAGAGCCAAGAGGAGAAGCCCAUCAGGAAGUCCUUAGGCGAGCAGCCAGAGACCUUCCCAUCUAUACCAGGACCAUGUCUGGAGCCAUCCGCUACUGUGACAGAUGCCAACUCAUAAAACCAGACCGCUGCCAUCACUGUUCCGUCUGCGAUAAAUGUGUUUUGAAGAUGGAUCAUCAUUGCCCUUGGGUGAACAACUGUGUUGGAUUUUCAAAUUAUAAAUUCUUCCUCCUUUUCUUGGCUUAUUCUCUGCUGUACUGCCUUUUUAUCGCUGCCACAGACUUACAGUAUUUUGUCAAAUUUUGGACAAAUGGUCUACCAGACACUCAAGCCAAAUUCCAUAUUAUGUUUUUAUUCUUUGCUGCGGCUAUGUUUUCUGUCAGCUUGUCUUCUCUGUUUGGCUAUCAUUGUUGGCUAGUCAGCAAAAAUAAAUCUACAUUAGAGGCAUUCAGGAGUCCUGUGUUUCGACACGGAACGGAUAAGAAUGGGUUCAGCUUGGGAUUCAGUAAGAACAUGCGACAAGUUUUUGGUGAUGAGAAGAAGUACUGGUUGCUCCCCAUUUUUUCAAGUCUGGGUGAUGGCUGCUCCUUCCCGACUUGCCUUGUUAACCAGGAUCCUGAACAACCCUCUACUCCUGCAGGACUGAAUUCAGCAGCUAAAAACCCUGACAACCACCAGUUCCCUGCAAAACCAUUGAGAGAAUCCCAGAGCCACCUUCUUCCUGACUGCCAGUCCUGGCCAGACAGCAGCAUAAACCCUGGGAAAGGCAAAGCUGGUAUGAGCAAUCCUGCAUUAACCAUGGAGAAUGAGACUUAACUAUUCAGGCAAAACAAAAUCAUACUAUAUUAAAGUAAGGUAUCCAUGCUGUAAAUGAAUGGAAGACGCUUUCCACAAGAAGGCAGCAUUUGCCAGGAUAUCAGAAUAUGAGUUGAUGCUCUCCAAGUUAUUACAUAACAUGUAACAUUCUUUUAAUCCAGUAUACAUACUGCGACAACUAACACAGAUUCCUGUUAAAUAUUAAAAUUUUGGUUUAUGAAUCGGAACAAGAACUUUUUUUUUACCCGAAACAUGACCUAAAUUCAUUGCCCAGUUUAACUUAAAUAUGUGUGUAGCACAGUUUACGGCUUUUAAACUUCAUGGGUCACCUUUAUAAUUCAGAAAAUUGAGAUUAUUGGGGUAAUAUUGUUUAAGAUUGGAAAGAUUUCACAGCACAUUAUAAAGCGAUUUCUGAAAUGCUAGUUGUCAUUAAGGUGAAAGAAAUGAGACUUCCUUUGCUCUUUCCUUCUGAUAGGAACUGAGCUCAGACUGAAUGAAAUGCCGUUAACUAUGACUUCAUUACAAAGUCCAAGUUGCCUGAAACUGAAGAUCCCCAUUCAUUUGCUUUUCAGACUUUGCUAGCCUUUGUUCCCUGUUGAGAGAUAAGAAUGAAUACUGAAGCUUGUGCUCCCUGAUCAAGCAGCUGGCUGGAACACAUUUCUGUGAAUGAACAGUGUUCUUAACAAAAUAAUUCCACAUCUUCUCAUUUGUAUAAAUUGGAGGAAAAUCUACAACAAUAAUUAAGGUUGAUCUUUUAAUAUAUUUUGGUUGACUUGGAUUUUUAAAACUUAGGUCGCUUCUCCUAUUGAGCUUUCCGUAAAAAUUCGUCUUAGGUCAAUAACAUCUUUAUUAUUUAUCUGUCCUGUCAGUCUUCUAGUAAUAUUGGUAUCAUUUCUGUGUCUUCUCAUCAAAACUGUGAUAUUAAAAGUAUGUUUCUUCUCAAGUACCGACCUGUUAAGGUUAGAUUAUGCAAAACAUUAAAAGAUCAUAUCAUCUUGGAAAUUUAGUUCAGUAUGAACUAAAUGGCAUGCUGUUUGGAAAUUAAUUUAAGAUAAAAAGAUGUGUUAGUUGAUGCCAAAAUAUUUGGCUUCACUAAAUAUACUAAGAAGCUCUUGUGCCUUGUAUGCACUAUUUAAGAAAAAAAAAAGUAUUAUUAUUUUUUAUUUGAAUGAACCAUAAGUUUUGUAAAUGUUAACAAUUAGGAUAUGCUGUAUACUUUUUUUUAGUAUUGACUUUGAGAAUUUAACAAAAAUUACCUUUUGAAACCGCAUAAAGUAACUGGUAUUCAAUCAAGGAGAAAAUGAUAAUAAACUUUUCAAAAUGUUUAUUAGAAAAAUAUUCAAUGCAGGUGAACUAAAAGACCAAUGGAUAAUGGAGCAAAAAACCCUUUGCUAUAACCUACCCUUGCUAAAAAUACAAAAUUUUGUAUGAAAUGUUUAUGGAGUAAUCAAUACAUAAUCAUUUGAACACAAGGAUAGCAGUGUUUUUCAUACUUUUUUUUAACUGAAGAAUUUGACAAUCUGUUUCAAAAAAUCUGGGAUGACAUGAUACAUUUUUACUUUUAUCUUAAAGCAAUUUUUUUUCAUCUUUCAUUACCCUGAAGUGCCAGACUAGAACUGACAACUACUCUGUUAGAAGUUGUAAAGGCAGCAGCAAUGUGCAAUGCCUUCAGAAUCAAAUGCAGCCAGAUAUUUUUUAAAGCACAUUACUGCUAGAGCUGUUUCCUAGGCUGGAUUCUGAUAGAUGCUCCUUGUAAAGCUGGAGGCUAGGGGAAGAAAGAGGGGUUUUAUCCUUUACCCUGUCAGAGUAUUGGUAAUUUCCCACUCUAGGUCUUUUAUGUAUUCAUUUAAACAUAUAAACUGAUAUACCUUAUAACUACAUUUGGAAAAGUAAAAGGAAAAUAAAAUUUUUUUUCAUCGUU